GCGCGCGUUCUGCACGCGUAUCGCGAGAUUUUGGGGGGGGUUACAAAAGUAGGGCGAACUCAAACGGCGGCGCUGCACUCAGCUCUUUGAGGGAAAUCGCCUUGGCAACGGCGGACGCACGCAGGGGGGCUGUUAUGAAUCCUCAUGGAAUCAAUCGAGCUAUUCACCACGUUGCAUUUUUGGACUGCCAAAAUGGAUUAGGCAUUGAAAUUAUUGGGGGCUAUCAAGAGCAAUCUGAAGAAGACUGGGGAAUUUUCAUAAAGAAGAUAUUACCUGGUGGGAUGGCUGCAAUAGAUAGUCAGUUGCUUGUUGGAGACUUGAUUUUAGAAGUCAACGGAGAAAACUUAGUUGGCGUAACUAAUGAAAGAGCUCUUGAGAUCUUGCAGAUGGCAUCAGUGACCAAUCAUAUGUCUAUGUUCAUUGCCAGAGAUGAAGAAGCAAAAAAAGAAUUCCUAAAUCUAAUGGAGAAGUAUGGCUUGCACAGUAACACGGACUCUGCAAGGAGUUCCCCAACGGAGCUGCUAGCUGGUCAAUCUAUUGACUGUCUCUCUUCUGGACCAUCCUCAAGGUCAUCAAGUCCUCCACUGUUCCAUUCGAAAGGCAUUAUCACAAACUACCAUGGAAAGCCUGCACUGGCAACAUCCCUUCAGGCCACCACAAAUGACAGCAUGUUUCAGCUUAUCACCGUUUCCAAGGGAACAGGCCUCGGCUUGAACAUAGAAGGAGACAUUAACAGAAAUGAAGGGUCCUUGGUGUAUAUUCUGGAAGUUAUUCCUGGAGGUGAUUGCCAUAAGGAUGGUCGACUGCGACCUGGAGACCAGCUUGUGUCCAUAAAUGGGGAGUCAUUGAUUGGAACCACCUACGAAGAAGCAAGAAAUCUACUCCACAGACUGAAUCUGAGAUCAGACUCUUCAUGGGAGAUUGCUUUCGUUCGACAGGAAGCUGCUCAAAGUCGAAUAGAAAAUACACAGCUGGCCUCUGGUCAGUUACCAUCAGGCAGCUGUAGGCUGCAGCAUACUCAGCAGAUGGCUAGUCCAGCAUUGUCUCCUGAUGAGAAUAUCACUGCGAAGAUGUCUGUUCUGAGCAUGAAGAAGGGUGGACUCAAGGCAAGAGAUAAAUCUUCAAGUUCUGCAAACAACAAUACUUCCAAUGUGACUGCUGGUGCUACUGGCCCCACCUGGAGUGAUGAUUAUGGACUGCACAGAAGGAAGAUUUCCCUCAACCCCACAGUUCGUCUCCAGGCAGAUAAACUCGAGAUGGCGCUGAACUACCUUGGGAUUCAGCCUACAAAAGAACAGCAAGAAGUCCUACAGCAGCAGCUACCAAAGGAUUCUAAAGGAACAGUGUCUUUUGGAGAUUUUGUACAGGUGGCAAGAAAUCUGUUUUGCUUGCAACUGGAUGGGACUGAGGGUGCCCAAGGACCCACCCUAUUUAGCACCUGCGAAAUUGCCAGAUUAUUAGAUUCACAGUUUGCGUUGCAUGAUCCUUUGGAAAUGGAAGACAUGGAAGAACUUCGGAAAGAGAGGAAUGAAGCUUUAGAAGAAAUACAUAAACUGAAGGAAGAAUUGGCUGAAUCAGAACGUGUAAGAAAACAACUAACCGAAGAGCUGCAAACUACUAAACAAGAAGCCAAGGCAUCUGUGGAGGAGACAAGGGCCUUGCGGAGCAGAAUCCAUCUUGCUGAAGCUGCACAAACACAAGCUCGUAGGAUGGAAAUGGACUAUGAGGAAGUAAUCCGCCUUUUAGAGGUGGAAAUCGCUGAACUGAAGGCUCAGCUUGCUGAUCACUGUAGCCAAAAUAAAGAUAUUGUUCAGGAUCUAAGGAAGAGGAUUACUGUGCUUGACUGUCAACUGAGAAAAUCAGAAACCUCAAAGAAAACAUUUGAGGUGGCAACUGAGAAGUUACUGGAGUUUCUUGAGGUUGUACAUGAAGCACUGUCAGAUAACUUCACUUCCCAGUCCAGUUUGAGCAACAGAAAAGCCAUGUUCUCUUCUAAAACGCUUCUUGCACAUCUCGGAAGGAAUGGCCGCACCAUCACAGCUUCCCUCGCGACUGAAGCCAGAGAUCUUGCUAAGUCUAUCCGCUCCAUUCUGGAAGCAGACUGCCUGCCUUAUGGAUGGGAAGAGGCUUAUACGGCAGAUGGAAUCAAAUACUUCAUCAACCAUGUGACACAGACAACAUCCUGGAUCCAUCCUGUCACCAAUGUCCUCACCUUGCCAUUCUCUGAAGAGAAUGAAGAUGAUGGUUUCCGAGAGCUGCCGGAUCCCAAAAGCUGAGGACAUCCACUGGUGGAAAAUGAAUGCAGUGUGGUUUCAACGUGAUUGCUGAAAGUUGAUCUAUUUCUAAUUGUCCAGAAUUGAUGAGCCAGUGCCAGUGCAAAUUAUAGAAGCUUUGCCAUUGCUUAUGUGGGAUUGGGUUCAAGGAUGAAAUAAUUUGCUCCUUCACAAUAUCUGUCUCCGCAUCAGUGGACUUUUCUCUCGCAGGCUGAUGAGCCCAGUCUCCCAAAGGAAGGCUUUCUGUUAACUUGCAUUAUGCAGCAAGUACUCAGUAGUUAAUCUAAUUGGGGGGAAAUAAUUAUUUGUACCUGUUUUUAUACAUAGUGGUCAUUUGUGUAUCUGUAAGCUGGGGGGCCAUGAGGGAUCAUAGGAAGUGAAACAACUGGGGAGGAAUAUUCCACCCACACAAUCUUGCUACCAUUCCAGGAUUCUGUUAAUUCUCUGGGGUUUCAGCAGGUUUUCUCAUCCCUUGCUUCCUUUUUCCCUUUAACUGAUUCUCACCUGCUAUCAGCAUACUAGCCCUUCACAGGCAUUUUCAGUCCUCGUCAGGGUUGGGGACCAGGUUAGAUUUUUGCAUUUGGUCAAAUUACAAGGUCAUGUGUUUUUUUUUCCCUGUAUACCAGAACCCAGGAUAAGGCUGUGCAAAGAAUCAGGCUUAAUGCUCAGUGGCUGAGCACACAUCCCCAUCUGUAGCUCAUGAAGUGGAUGGAGGCUCCUUUUGCUUUGAAUGGGUGCAGCUGCCUCCAGAGUCACCACAUGUCACCCAACGACUGGCUGUCUGCAACAACAGCUAGAUCAGGGGGAAGGUUUCUACUGUGGCAAGCUUGCAGCUUGUCUCAUUUGGCAUAGCACUGCAAUUUUGCAUACUGCAUACAAAACUGCAAGCUUUAGCUCAUGGAAAAUGACACAAGCUGCUUUAGGUCUCCAUUGGGGAGAAAGGCAGGGUAUAAAUGAAGAAAUUAAAUAAUAGCCAUCAGUAGGGAAGAGUUGAUACAGGCACAGAGAACAGAAUUGUCUUAUUUCACAAGCCUUUAAACAUGUAUUUUUGAUGGCAAAAUGACUUAAGGCCACCGUGGAGUGCUAUGCCCAUUUUUUAAAGCAAGAUUCCUGUCAAAUAUCUUGUGGGGUUGCCUGUACCAUAGGAAAAGGACAUGAUAACACACGUUAAUUUAUUUUUCCAAUAAACUAGUAAAAAAAUUAAUUGCUGUGUACAGGUCCAGCACUAGGUGAAUUCUCUGAUCCCCCUGACAAAACCUGCACAGCAAAACACAUAGCGGCUUUGUAUGAUAAUAAACUAGUCACCUAUCACAUGGCAAUUUUUUCCUUUUUGGUUUCCUUUACUAUUAGACAAUGUAGGAGCUAGAAGAAGACAUUGGGAACAUCAGAAAACAGUGGAACCGCAGGCAGAGACGUUAAUAGAAAAGACCUGAUGAGAAAAACAGGGGAAGGGGAAUUACUUUGUCUCCUGUGAUUUCCCUUCCUCCAAGAGUUUUGGGAAUUGUUGUUGUAGAAGGAAUAAUGCCAUCUUAAGGUGAGUUACAACCUUCUAAGCCAGUCGAUUUCAAUAGUUUUAGAAAGGGUGCAACUCUGCUUGCAGUGGCACUGCAAGGAUGCUUGAACUGUGAAUUCCCUGCAUCCUCAUAACAAAAUUAAAGGAUGCUACAACAAAGUGGUCUUGAUCUGUAGCCAGCAUGGUCAGACUUCAUUAGCCAAUUGGCUACAGUCCUGCUUAGAAACUGAUCUCCUUUUAAAAGAGGGUUGGGGAGGGGGAGAAGUUCACUCCUAGCAGGAUUUACUACCUUUCUUCCCUUGCCCUGCACAAUCUGUUGAUUAGUCUUUUGAACUAACGCAUACCUUGACUAAUUAGGUUAAAACAUUUAUCCUGCUAACAGCCAUGAUGACAAUGUGUCUCUGUCUUUGCAUACUAAUGGAUGGAUUCUCCAGAGUAGGUCAUUGCAGACCACCUUGCUGCUUCUUGAUCCUCACUGGUCCAGGUGAACUGCUGUUGGGGCAGUUUUUGUAGCAUGGCAUCUCGAUGCAAAGCUUAUACAUAUACAUAUAUUAAAGCCAAUUAUACUCUUUCUUUAAAAAACACAUCCCACUCCUUGCUUGUUUUCCUUUCCCAGUUAAUUCAGAAUGCAAACUCAAUUACACCAGAAAUUGUAAACCGAAAUCAUGGACUGAGGAUGUAAUUCCGCUGCGAUUUGUAACAAGUACUAGACAACUAUGUUCAUAGAGUGUUUAUAGCAAAAUAAAUUACCCUAAUUUUCAUUUUCAA